AUGAACAGGCCACGCAACCGCCAGCCGCGGCCGAACCGCAACGGCGGCAGCAACAAGCCCGCCAACCACGCCCCUGGCGCGAGCACGCAGCAGCGCGACGCCAGCUCCCGUUCCCGCCCCGGCGGCGGCGGCGGUGGCCGGCCGUACUCCCCCGCGACGCCACAGCAGGCCACCGGCACGGUACCUACCGUCCAGCAGGUCGUCCCCGGCGCGUCCGUCUUCAUCGUGCACAAAGAGGACCAGCCCACGGGGCGCGAGACGGCCGGCGUCGUGGCCGAGCUGCUCACGCGCGGGAACCACCCGCGCGGCAUCAAGGUGCGCCUGCGGAGCGGGCAGGUCGGCCGCGUGCAGCGCAUGAACGGCGAUGGGGCUGGCGCUGCUGGCCCGUCUUCCUCCGGGAGCACUGAGGUGAUGGCUGCGACGGCGGCGGCCGGCAACCCCGUCGUGGCUCCUUCAGCGGGCAGGUUCCCCCAUCGCUACACGGAUGUGAGGCGCGAGAUGGACGAGUUUCCCGAAGGCCCGCCGGCGAGGAGCCUGGCGGACUUUAUGCCUUCGGUUCCGAAUGACGAUGGCUACGCGUCAGAUGGAGGGCGAGGUGGACCUGUCGCUCGAUGCCCCGUCUGUGACGCGUUCGAAGGCGACGAGUCGGCGGUAACACAUCACAUCGAACGCGAGCACUUUGGCUGA